UUGACCCCAACUUUUACUCCAAAGGCUACUCCUCAUCCAGGGUAUGUCAGGUCCAGAGUGCUGCAACAACCCUCCUGUACCUGAUCAUGAUCCUGCUGCACCCAGUGAAUCCGGGAAUGUUCUGCAGAUGGCAUCACUCACUUGUUACAUUUCUGGGGAUCCUGACUCCAAAAUCGCUGUGAUCCUUGUUUCUGAUGUUUAUGGUUAUGGAGCUCCAAAAUUAAGGAAACUUGCAGACAAAGUUGCACAUGCUGGAUAUUAUGUAGUUGUUCCUGAUUUGUUUCACGGUGACCCCUUCAUUCGUAAAAAUCAGCUACAAGAUUGGAUAAAAUAUCAUGCACCGAAACAAGCAGUUGAAUUUGCUAAACCAGUUAUUAAGGCUCUCCGAGGGAAAGGUAUAUCAAAAAUAGGGGCUGCAGGUUUCUGUUGGGGUGCCAAGGUGGUUGUAGAGCUAGCAAAGGAUGCUUAUAUACAAGCUGCUUCCCUCUUGCAUCCUACAUUUGUCAAUUUAGAUGAUAUCAAAGGAGUUAAGGUUCCAGUGGCAGUACUAGGGGCUGAAUACGACAAGAUAUCUCCACCAGAACUUAUCAAACAGUUUGAGGCUACAUUGCAAGCCAAACCUGAGGUUGAUCACUUUGUGAAGGUAUACCUUGGCGUAGCACAUGGCUGGACAAUUCGAUAUAAAGAUGAAGAUAUGGCUGCAGUGAAAUGUGCAGAAGAGGCUCAUGAGGAUCUUGUGGAUUGGUUUGAUAGGUGUCUUCAGACAACCCGUUCAGCCUUGUAAAACCUAAAUUAUGAAACAAAAGAGAGAUGGAGGCGCUUCUGGUUGAGAAGCUCCAUUACAACUAAUAAUGGGUGUUUGAAGAUUAUUUCUCAUUUCUUGACUUCAUUGACUAGUUAGCCUGAUUACAAAACUGUUUAUAUAUUUGAUUCGAGCUUAAAAAUUGUUUGUGGGGGCCAUGUUAGAAUGAACAACGUACUAUUGGGCCAGACCAAAGUAAUGGGUAGUCCUACUUGAGUUGUGCCUAUCA